AUGUCCACUGAAUUUUUUUGGCCGUUGAAAAUUCCCCCUGAACUAUUAAUAUUGUUAAAUUUAAGGACUUUUGUCUAAUUUGAAUAAAAAAAUUCUAACAUGGAUGAAAGUUCAGGAGACAUGAUUUAGUACAUAUCAAAGUUUGAGGGUAUAAUUUGGUAGAUUUUAAAGUCUGGGGAGCAUGUUUUAGUACAUAAACAAUCGUUGAAACAGUAAAAUUGAAUGAAAUUAGACAAAAAUUCUUAAAUUUAACAAUCUCAGGAGAAUUUUUAACAGCCAAAAAAGUUCAAAAGACAUAAUUUAGUAUAUCUAAAAGUUUGGAGAAAAAAUUCUUAAUUAGCCUAUCACUUAUUACACAAUGGGUGUGUGAGUUGGACCCUAUCUUUUGGACAUUUAUGAGCUUACAAAUUUUAUCCCAUAACAAUAAAUAUAAUGAUUUGAAAUACCAAUAAAUGUUACAAUUUUAGCUUUUAGAAAAAAACAAAAAUGGAGAUGAAACAAGAGAAUCACAACAACAACAAUGGUGAUGAACAAGAAGAAUUCAUUUUCCGAUCAAAACUUCCAGACAUUUACAUCCCCGACCACCUCCCAAUCCACACCUACUGCUUCCAAAACCUCUCUCAAUUCAACCACAAACCAUGUCUCAUCAACUCCGCCACCGCCCAAAUUAUCACCUACUCCGACGUCCACCUCACUUCCCGUAGAGUCGCCGCCGGUCUUCACAAACUCGGAAUCAAACAAGGUGACGUCAUCAUGCUCUUACUCCGCAACUGCCCAGAAUUCGUUUACUCCUUCCUCGCCGCGUCGCACAUAGGCGCCGUCGUCACCACUGCAAACCCGUUCUACACCGCGGCGGAGGUGGCCAAACAAGCGGCGGCGUCGAAUACCAAGCUGGUUAUUACCCUAUCGGGGUUCAUCGACAAAGUUAGGGACUUUACCGGUGACGGAAUAAAGGUGGUGUGCGUCGACGCGCCGCCGGAUGAGAGUGAGUAUCUCCAUUUCUCGGUGCUGACGCAAGCUGACGAGAGCGAAAUUCCUGAUGUUGAGAUUAAGCCAGACGACGUCGUUGCGUUGCCUUAUUCGUCUGGAACGACUGGGCUUCCCAAAGGUGUGAUGCUGACUCAUAGAGUUAUGGUGACAGGUGUCGCUCAGCAAGUGGAUGGUGAUAAUCCUAACUGGCACUUUCAUCAAAACGACGUGAUUCUCUGCGUUUUACCCGUUUUCCACAUUUAUUGUCUUAAUGCUAUUUUGCUAUGUGGACUUCGGGUCGGAGCCUCUAUAUUGAUUAUGGAGAAAUUUGAGAUGAAAAAAAUGGUUGAAUUGAUUGAGAAGUUCAAGGUCACAAUUGCUCCAGUCGUUCCGCCGAUCGUUUUGUCGGUUGUUAAGUUCCCGGAUCUUCACCGGUACGAUUUGUCGUCGAUUCGGACCAUCAUGUCGGGUGGAGCCCCGAUGGGUAAAGACCUUGAGGAAGCCGUCAAGGAAAAAUUUCCUCAUGUCACACUUGGACAGGGAUAUGGUAUGACAGAGGCGGAGUGUCUUUCGUUGUGCUUGGGAUUUGCAAAGGAGCCGUUUCCGACCAAGUUCGGCACGUGUGGUACAGUCGUUAGGAAUGCUGAGAUGAAGAUUGUUGAUCCUAACACUGGCGCGUCUCUUCCACGUAACCAAGCUGGAGAGAUUUGCAUUAGGGGUAAACAACUCAUGAAAGGUUACUUGAAUGAUGUCGAGGCCACAAAGGCUACUAUAGAUGAAAAAGGAUGGCUCCACACCGGUGACAUAGGGUUUGUUGACGACGACGAUGAACUCUUCAUUGUCGAUCGAUUAAAGGAACUCAUCAAAUACAAAGGCUUUCAAGUAGCCCCAGCCGAGCUCGAGUCCCUGCUCAUUGCCCAUCCCAACAUUUCUGAUGCUGCUGUUGUUCCAAUGAAAGAUGAAGCUGCAGGAGAAGUUCCUGUUGCAUUUGUUGUAACAUCAAAUGGUUCAAAAAUCACUGAGGAUGAUAUCAAACAAUACAUCUCAAAACAGGUGGUAUUUUACAAGAGAAUUAGUAAGGUAUUUUUCAUAGAAGAAAUCCCAAAAAGCCCUUCAGGAAAAAUCUUGAGGAAAAUCUUAAGAACAAGACUUGUUACUAAACAAGCCAUAUAAUAAGGAUUUUUUUUUUCAAUUGAUCAUUUAUAGUAAAUAAACCAUUAUCAUUAUGAGUCUGAAGACUAUGCAAGGAAAGAGGUAGAAGAAUUAUAUAUGAACUUUUGCAUAAUAUUAAGACUUGUAAUUUUGUUGUCCAUAUUGUGGCUAAGUGAGCUUUCACCCACCAGAUGUUCGGCUCUAUUCCGAUUCCCUCAUUACCGGAAAACCUAUUUUGUAACGACCGUGAGGUCUAAUCGCUUUUUAAUUUAUGAUGAGUACCCUUUUAUUUAAAAAAAAAAAAAACUUUUGCAUAAGAUUUUCUCUUAAUUUAUAUUGGACUCUCCUCCUAAAUUGUAAUAAAAAUGGUAAAAACAUUUUAUACUAA